AUGUCUAUGAUCACGGCGGCCCAGUGGGUUCCGCGCGGAGUCGCGGCACCCUUCCCCGCGAAGUACAAUUUUGACGAGGCCGAAUUCGAGAGGAUAGCGGAGUUGGCCAAGCUCCAGCUCGACGAUGCGAAUGAAGACCUCGAGGAGGCUCAAAAUGCUGAAGACGAGGUAGAGACAUCACAGAAUGGUUCGGGUGAAGCGGAGGGAAAGAAGAAGAAGAAACCCAAGAAGGAGGAGAUGCAAGAUGACCUUGCGCUAGAUGACGACCUCAAAGAAUACGAUCUCGAGAACUACGACAACGAUGACGAAGAGGGCGCCCCGUCGGGCCAGCCCCUCGCCAUGUUUGGGAACAUUAAAUCACUUACAUACUACGAGUCCAACAAAGAUGACCCUUAUAUCCAGCUACCAGAGAAUGAGGAGGAGGACGAGGAUAGGGAGGACCUCCAGAUCUUGGCGACGGAUAAUCUUUUACUCGCGGCCAAGGUCGAAGAUGAUCUCGCUCAUCUCGUAGUACACGUCUACGAAGAUAACGAAAGCAACCUAUACGUGCAUCACGACAUCAUGCUCCCCGCGAUCCCGCUGUGUGUAGAGUGGCUCGAUAUCCCCGUGCAAAAGGAGGGCGUCGACAAGGAAUCGAGGGCCAAUUUCGUCGCCAUAGGUACAAUGGAUCCUGACAUCGAGAUUUGGGAUCUCGACACCAUCGACAGCAUUUACCCCAACGCGGUCCUUGGCCAAGGCGCGAAUGCCGAAGGUGUGAAGGAGAAGAAAAAGAAGAAGAAAAAGUCGAAAAAGGCCAACGACGAGUACCAUGUCGACGCCGUCCUCUCUCUGGCUGCUAACAGGAAGCACCGCAACCUACUAGCCUCCGCAUCGGCCGACAAGACCAUCAAGCUCUGGGAUCUCCACACGACAAAGUGCGCCAAGUCUUACUCUUACCACACGGAUAAGGUGUGCUCAGUAGCAUGGCACCCGGUCGAGUCGACGGUGCUACUCAGCGGAAGCUAUGACAGGACUGUUGUCGCGGCCGAUAUGAGGGCGCCAGAUGCUCAAGUGCCCCGGUGGGGAGUGGAGAGCGACGUAGAGAACGUACGGUGGGAUCCUCAUAACCAAAACAACUUCUUCGUCUCAACGGAGAACGGCAUGAUUCACUACCACGAUAUCCGGAAUGCGCCGGCGAACCCCACAGCGACAAAGCCUGUUUGGACACUUCAGGCGCACGACGAGUCAGUUUCGGCCUUUGACAUCAACAGCGUAAUUCCAGGGUUCAUGGCCACAGGAUCGUCCGACAAGACGGUCAAGAUUUGGAACAUCCAACCCACGGGACCGAGCAUGGUGGUGUCGAGGAACCUGGACGUCGGGAAAGUGUUUUCCGCGACGUUUGCACCUGAUCCCGAGGUGGCGUUCAGGCUUGCGGUGGCUGGUAGUCGCGGUACUAUACACGUAUGGGACACGAGCACGAAUGCGGCUGUAAGGAAAGCCUUUGCUGGCAGGGUUCCGGAUGUGCCGGUUGGCGAGGAGGAUAGACUUGUCGGUGUGGAGGAGGAGAGCAGCGAAUCAAGUGAGGGAGAGGAUGAGGAGGGCGAUUAUGAUGACGACGAUGACGAUGACGCUGUUAGCGGUGAUGCUAUGGAUGAAGACUAG